UCUGUAUAUACGGGGGAUCGGAGUAGAGGGAUCGUACCGCAUCACAGAUGCAGAAAGCUCAAAAUCAUCUUACGUGGCGUGCAGUCGAAGAUGUGGUUGCGGUUAAAAGUGAGAGAUGCGUCGAUAUUCCCGUCUACGGGGAGUGAUAGCCUUGGUAUUGGUUGCGGUGUGUGUGCUUGAACUUCUGCUAGUUGCCUUUGGCGGAUCCGGGGAAACAAACCAGGAUCUGCACCGAGAGGAAUCCCUGGUCGGAGCGCUAGCGGGAGUCAAGAGCAAAAGAAUCCAUGUCAUGGGUUCUUUAAAAUCUCACGACAGCAGACCGUCGGAUGAGGCACACGAGCAUGCACAGAAGACUCAACCAAGUGCGCCCACCGAUAACCGAACAGCAUCGGAGGGAGGUACACAAACCAGCUACAGUAUAGACGAGGUUAUUGCCAAUUUGUCUAAGCCAUGGGUGGGAAACGAAACACGCAAAGUCGGUAUAAGACGUAAGCUCGACAGCGUUAUGAAUGCCACGGAAUAUGCCGUCCUAACGAAGCAGUUCACCGUUCUCGGGCAGAAUUUAACCUUUGCCAUAGCCCCGAGUGUAGUUCGUAAUCUGACGAAUGAAGUGUAUCAAAUGCUUCCCGAGCAAUCCCCAUUCUCAACUUUGAAAAUGAAACGAUGUAGUGUUGUCGGGAACGGUGGUAUUCUUAAGCAUAGUUACUGUGGAAAGGCGAUCGACGGUUCCGACUUCGUAUUCAGAUGCAACGCAGCUCCGCUGAAGGGAUAUCAACAGCACACAGGGAGAAAGUCCAACAUGACUUCCAUAAAUCCAGGCGGGGUCAUCGCCGCCAAAUACAAACGGCUGCCUGAUAUAGGGCACAGGAACCGAUUUCUGACGGAUAUGAAGGCAUACGGUGAUCUCCUUAUACCGGUCUAUGGCGUUAACAUCAACGCCUACACGACGAGCAUGCUGGCCCUGCGGCUGCUCCACCAGAAAGGCUCCACGACGCGGGGACUCAUCAUCAAUCCGGAUCACUUCAGAGGGCUUCAGGACAUGUGGAGUGAGAUGGGCCUUCGAAGUCGAAUGACAACAGGUUUUUACCUUGCGUCCGUGGCACUGUCUGUUUGCAAUUCCACCGAUCUCUACGGCUUUUGGCCGUUUGCAAAAGGCCCCAAUCACCGUGCAGUAUCCUACCAUUACUACGACAGACUCAAUAUCUCCAAAGGCGUCCACAACUUCAACUGGGAAUUUGACGUUCUGUACCGUUUGCAUAUGGGCGGUGUAUUACAGAUGCACGCCGGACCGUGCACGUAACAACCAAAGACUUGAAAUAGAGAUUUAUGAAAACGGUACUAUCCGUCCUUUGUAAGGGAGAAAGAUGUACAGCCAAUCAUGGACAUGCUUUAUAUGGCGUUAGGAAUAUAUAUAUAUAUAUAUUUUUAAUAUGUGCGUUUUAAGGCCCACACGUCAUAGUAAUUAUUUAGUAAAAAGAACAUACAUGUAUGUAAAUUUAAUCAGCAGGCUUGACAGACAAGGCAAUAGGUUUGACAAGCGUAUUAUCAAUGACGAUGGAGAUGCUUAACAGAAAAUAUUGCUUAAAAAUGUAUGUGCUAAGCUAAUAUGAGUAAGUUGAGACCUAGGCAUUUUUUGUGGAGUGCCGAGGCCUCGUGGUCUGGCGCAUUGAAUUCGUGGGUCUGCGGGUAAUUCUGCAGGUCGUGGGUUCGAGUCCAGCGUAUGGUGCGUGUGUCCUUGGGCAAGGCACUUUGUCACUCAUUGAUUCUCUCCACCCAAUAGUAAAUGGGUACCUGUGAGGGCAGAGAUGGUUAUCGUGGUUGAUUGAAGCUGCUUUACGCCGAAAUGACAGCAUCGAGCUAUCUGUACACUACCCAGGGAGCUGAGAUUGUCUUUGGGAUGUUUCAUUGGCCCAAUGAGCAGGGUAAUCAUGAUGUAGCGCCUUGAGCACCAAUACUGGUGGAUACAUGCGCUUUAUAAAUACAAAAUUAUUAUUAAUAUUAUUAUAUAGGCACAAGUAGUAUAAAUCCUAGGGUGUUUUUUACUGUUUACCUGAUACUGUUAAGCAAAUAUUUCCAUGCUUACCAGUUGUUUUGAUUUCGCUUAGGAGCUCCUAGAAAUUGGCUCGAGACUUCAGACUCCAUUCCUUAAUCUAUUCUGUUCACUUUACCGAACAGUGCUUCACACAUGCAUAAACGACAAUUUCUUCAGCGACCUAUCAUGUCAUAUACUUUAAACCCAUGAAGGAAUUAAUAUUCUUCGAGUUGUUACAUUACGAGGAUUGCUCUUUGCCAAAAAAAAAGGUCAUUUCACUUUUCGUGGACAUGAUACUCGUUGGUUUAUAAUAAUUAAUUUUAUUAUUUUACUUAAUCGUGGUCAAAUCAAACGCGUGUAGUGUAAAGAAAUCUAUGUCUGCAGAUUUCUUCAAUCAAAAUUGGAGAACAAAUUAUUUUGUGCACUGCAGUAAAUACAAUUUCUGAAUUCCAUUCACCAGAAUGAGGAGAGCACUACACAAUAAACCGUAAUUAUCCUGAGCAUAGCAA